AUGCUUAGAGAUUUCCCAGGGCAUCCAGCCAGGGAUCAUGAUCCAGAGCUGCGCAGUUCCAUUGGUUGCACCCUUUAUGGUGAUGAAGUGGAUUGUCAUGGAGACAGCUGGAUGUUCCUACUUUGGUCGUCUGACACAUCACCUGUGUCCACGCAUUCGCCAAGUAGCCGUUGGCCGAUUUGCAUCCUUCCUGCAAGUAAGUAUGCCUACGCUGGCGAUGUCAACAUCACUCUGCAAGCAGUGACCCAGGCCAUUACUGCAUCUUUCAAUAGACUCAGCAUUGAUGGCAUUCCAGUUCUGGACCUACCAUCCCUGGGUGGCCGUGUGGUGGCGCGCUUGCACUUCUACUGCAUGGGGCAUCGCGGUGACUGGAAGGCUCUGGUUACCCUCUUCAACAUGAAGAGGAACUACUCUGCCAACCAGGUAUGUUGGCUUUGCCAUGCCGACAAGGGUGCUGAUGGGGACCUGAGCAUGUGCCUUACGGAUGUAUCUCACUUUGCAAAUUGGUGGGGCACUCUUCACCAGACAAUGCCUUGGGAAACUGUUCCGAGCUAUGCGGGCUUGAUUGGCUUCGGAAUUUCCCAGAUCGUUCCAGAUCUUCUCCAUGUCUGGAAUCUUGGUGUCAGCCGAGAUUUGCUGGGGAGUGCUCUGAAGCUGGUUUUGUCGGAGCGGCAUGUUUUCAAUGGCCCUACUUUGCCAGAUAGGUUGAAACAAGCCACUGAGUCACUACGGCGGUUUGCAAAGCAAAAUCGCUACCCGUUGCGCUUGCGAAAGCUGACCAGGUCAAAGCUUUGCUGGAAAACCAGGAAGUACCCAAUGUUGUCAUCAUCAGGAUAUGAUGCCUACGUUGUGGGGCUCUGGCUGGAACAUGAACUUUCUAUGCACGCUGCCUUGUACCAGGAGAUUUGUACCAUGUUGUGGGCCAGCAACAAGGCCAUUUCGCUUUUGUACAGUGCAGGGCGUUUCCUGAAUCAAGGUGAGAAGGAUUCUUUGGGAGCGCUUGGCGACCUUUUUCUUCGUGUUUACUUGUCCAUGGCUGCCCAGGCCAAGCAACGUCACAAACUGACGUUCAGGGUGCGGCCAAAGUUGCACAUGCUGUGCCACAUUUUUCGCUCACCAAGGAUGAUAAACCCAUCCCGGUACAGUACUUGGAUGGAUGAGGAUUUCUUAAAGAAAUGUGGUAAAACACUGGGUUUGACUGAUGUGAGAGGGUCGCACCAUCGACUACUUGAAAGGUGGUUGAUGUCGAUUCCCCACAACCUCCAGAAAAAAUUGGGGUGCUUAGCUUAG